GCGAACAUUUCUGCCUCAUUAUUAUUAUUAUUAUUAUUAUUAUUAUUGCAUAUCUAUACUUCUGCACUCUACGGGGGGAGAGGGGAGGAGGGGGGGGGUUUGGCUUGCUGUGAAUGCGGCUAAAACGUGGAGAUAUGUCGGCUGUAGGGCGCAAACCAGCCACCACCCAAUCCAAUCCCAUUCCAUGCAGGCGGCUGCAGGCUCGCUUAGCGUUUCCAUCAGGCCGGCCGAGGAGCAAGCAUCGGCAAUCCCAACAACGAAACCCCCACUCGGCUCAAGCGGCAAAUCAAUAAUCAUGAGACAUCGCACAUAUUUUGAACCGCAUAUUAUUAGGAAUUCUCCGAUGUGAGGGAACCGAGCACGCCUCGUGGGCCAGGUAGCAGCAAGCAAUAGCUAAUCUGUUCCAGACUCCGUACAAUGAGCGACUAUCAGAUUUGAACAAAGGAGGAAUCGAUGGACCUUUUUAAUAGGUUAAUUCAACAUAAAAAAGGAAAUGGGGUUGCCUUCGUCGUAUAUUCCCUGUUUCUCAAAUUGUUGAUAUGAAAUAUGAUAAGCAACGCUAUGUAUAUUAUAUUACGGCAGAAAUUACGCGAAGAUUCAUUCCGAUGCCUCCAGCAAAAACCGUCAAGGCAAUAAAAUGCAUUGAACGUCAGCGAAAAUAAAGAGAAGAAGUGAAGAAAAAAAGAAGCAGUAGCAGCAGCAGCAAAGUGUCAAACCUUCAUCCCAUCACACGCUCCCAAACCGUCCUAAGAGACCCUGUCGAUAUUCCCAACCGAGCCGGCAACUGGGGGUAUAAAUUCCAUACCACGAAACCAUUAACAAUCAUAGCAAUCAACGUGAGCGAAGCUUUUGUUGUCUUGCUUUUUCUCUGGGAAUCUUUCCACUGCAGACACCAACGGGUGUUAGCUGUUAGCUAUAUUAUUUGGGACUGGCUUCGCGGGUUAGACGUACCUGUAUGUUCCAAUCUGACCAGGUAGGGAAGAGGCUCCUGUACCACAUAUACGCCUGGGACCAUGGAUACGUGGUUGGAUUCCACUUGUUGCCUUGGACAUACCACUAGUUGGGGGAGAGGGAGGGGGGGGGGGGGGUUUGUUAGCUACUGUGCCUGCCAGGGAUAGGGGAUCAAGCAAAGAAAGUGGAACAAGACCUAGAUAUGGGCCGGAGAGAGAGAGAACGUGAUAGCGGAAGACAAGCGAGUGCAACUUACUGACUGACAACCCCCAGAAUUGAAAACAGUCUUGUCUAAGUCAUCCUGAACCUUAUAAGCGUACAAUUCUUCUGCCUCCCGCUUGAGCUCGACAAUCGCUGCUUUUCCCUCGAAUACCGGCUUCAGAAUGCGCAGUGCAUAAUUUACGGUGCUGUGGACAUUUUUUAAUAAACGAGGAUGGGAGUACUCACUUCUCCGAUGCCAUGAUCGCAGACGAGUGUCCCGUCGCCGAAUUGGGACCCAACAACAUGAAAAAGUUGGGAAACCCGCUGAGAGCACAACUGUUGUAAGCUGUCGGUCCUGGAUAUUUAGACCAGUGCUCCUUGACACUCAAUCCAUCUCGCCCGACAAUAUCCAAUCCGUGCAUGUAGUUGGUGGCCUCAAAACCGGUGGCCAACACGAUAACGUCGGCUGCAACAAGGCCCUUAUCAGUCAAUAUGCCUUCGGGGAGAAUUUCCAAUGGUUUCUCAUUGGUUAAUGUAAUAUUUCCUGCGUUCAGAGACUCAAGGUAGCCGCUGCUAUCAAAAAUUCGACGCUGGGAAGGAAAGGGGUGAUAUGUUAGUCCAUAUUCUUCUGGCAUGGGAAGCUCCGUGGGAAAUCCCUAAUGGAUUAAAUCAAUAAACUAAACUUACCUUACAUCCGACUUCGAAGUCAGGAAUAAGAAGAUCGUGGUAUUUUGCCGGGGCUCUUUUGCGCAUAUAUCGUUCUGCCAUUGCACGCCUCUGCUUUCGUAUCUCCGCACCUUUCUUUGUCAUUUUAAACGCGGACCAGUUGCGCUCAGCCAGCAAGAAUAUCAGGAAUCGCUGCAUUCGCAUCGUGAGUGGGAUAUAACGGAAUAUCCACUUGACCCAUGAUGAAUAGGAGGGGUUUAUGAUCGGGACAAUCCAGUGCUUUGAUCUGACUAUUUGCGUGAGAUGCUUCACAUCGGGCAAAAUCGAGGGGACGAUUUGCGAUCCGGUGCCUGGAACCAUUUUUCACAUCAAUACUUUAGCUACCUAGAAAUUUUAGAGAAAUUAUUUUGAUGUACUCACAGCCAUUACCAAGAACAAUCACAUUCUUAUCUUUCAGGUCCAGAGAGGAAUCCCACUCCGCUGAGUGAAAGAUACGGCCCAUGAACUUCUCGCUACCGGGGAUAUCGCAUUUACGAGGCACAACAAGAACUCCGACAGCGGUGAAGAGUAUGUGACACGUGUGGGUAUACUCUUCUCCCGUCGUUAGGUCUCGGAGAUACACCGUCCAAAGGCUCGACUUUUCAUCCCAUUCACACCGGAGGGCUUCAGUUGAGAAGGCCAUUUUGUCCCUUAGACAAUAUCUGUCUCGGACACGGUCAUGGUAUGCUUUGAUUUCUUCACCGGGAGCCAAAAACUUUCCCCAGUCGGGAUUCAACUCGAAGGAGAAGCUGUAUAGCCCAGACGGGAUGUCGCAUGCAAUCCCUAGAGGAACAGUUAGCUUCUCCUUUUCCCCCCGUUCUUUUUUUUGAGGAAUGGGAUCCUCCCUCGAGGAAGACAUCGAUAUACGAUUCCCGACUUACCGGGAUAUUUGUUUGCCCACCAUGUCCCGCCGCUAUCUGGAUGGCGCUCAAAAAACCGGAUGUCAUCGAAGUUAUACCAUCGCGUCAACGUCGCUCCCAAGGCAAUGCCUGAGGCACCAGCGCCAAUACAGGCCACUCGAGAGUAUGACGAGCCAUCCUUGUGGGUGGACUUGCUUGCUGGCAUUUUUGGUUUGUUUGAUCUUUUCUACGUAGGUGUCAAUGUUGAGGCGUGCUUUCUGGUGAUGGAUGUGCCCGCCCUCGAUUUUAGAGAGAAAGAAGCACAGCAUAAAUAAAUAAGGCAUUAAAGCCGGCGAAGGCGCCGAGGUAAAUAAGUAUUUUAGGUAACUAACUAUUUAGGUAAAUCACCACGAUGAAUCUUUAAUAAUGUUCUAACCACGUUCAACUAACGAUGUAGUUACCCAGUAGAUAUAUAUAAAUAAUUGAUAACAGCUGCCGAGGGCUAAGCUUGAUAUGCCGAUUAUUUUUUCAUUUAAUAACAUUAUUAAGCUAAUAUAGAGACUUAAAACUUGCGACUAGGUUAAAAUAAUCAUCAUCAUUAAAUAUAUCCGCUUAAAGUGAUGGAAAUAUAUCACAGGAAUCAGAAAAGUCGACCUCAUCAAUUGCAUAAAAUAUAAUCUAUAUUCUCUAAUAAAAAAGAGUGUUCUUAGUAGUUACUCUGUACUGCUAAUCCUCAGCAUAUGCCAUUUUAUCACCAUGUUCAAGUUUUAACAGUGAUAAAAUAAAUAAUUGGGCAAACUUUCUCAGUCACCGCAGCUUGAUGCAAAGAUGGACGGUUAAUGAAUGAACCAGUGUAAACCGCAACCACUAUACAUAAGUUAACUACACCUCCAACUCGAAUAAAUAUCACCGCGAAUCCCUUCGUUGCCGCUAGCAGAACACUGCACAGCUACAGCCUUACAGCUACCGUAUCCACACAGAAAAGCAAAACUAUCUGAUACUCAUCUAUCCUACUCAUGCUUACUCCAAGUGUCCCGAACCUAGCUCUUGACCAAGUGGAGAAAAAAGCCCCUUUAUGCCCGAAGCUAUACGAGUUCCCGGCGCUCCUCCGGUGCCUCUACAAACUCUACCGUGCCGACCUAAACUAGGGCCAGAGGAGCCGUUGUAUACUUAUACAAUCCUCCCCGUCCGCACCAAAGCAGAUCUCACCGCAGCCAUCGCCCUGAUAAAAACCUACACGGCGGGUCUGGGCGUUGAUCUCUCCUAUCAAGACUUCGAGUCGGAAAUGGCCCGCAUGCCCGGCAGCUAUGCACCGCCGUCCGGAGAAUUACUUAUCGCUGUAGGGGGCAAUAAUGAGAAGAAGAAGAAAGAUAAUGAAGCCCAGGCCCAAGAUGACCACACACCGCAUGUUGUUCUGGGCUGCAUCGCACUCCGCGAACUCCAUGUACACAUGCACAAGGAUAUGAACAGUGGCUGUGAAAAAGUGCCGCUACAGGCCCAAGCCAACCGUGCGACCUCCCGGUCACACACUCAUCCUGACCCUGUCAGCAGCAACGCCGAUGACGACGGUAAGGCUCCGGCCAAUAUUGAUACUAAACCCGGCUCUAAAUACUGCGAGCUGAAGCGGUUAUAUGUCACGCCGGCGGCACGGGGGCUUGGGGUGGGCAAGGCGCUGGUAAACGCCAUGCUUGCCGUUGCCCGUCAGAUCGGAUAUGAAGAGGUAAGACUUGAUACGCUGCCGGAUAUGCGCGAGGCGAUUGCGAUGUAUAGGGGUAUGGGCUUUGGGGUGGUUGAGAAGUAUUAUGAGACGGCGAUUGAAGGCACGGUAUUUUUGGGGUUGAGGCUCUGAGAUAGGGAGCGAGUGGGGCCGUGGGUAUAUAUAUAUAUAUAUAUAUGUGUAUGUAUGUAACAUGACAUGGUUCGAGAUACCAUUCUUUCCGUUGAUGACUGGUUAUGUUUACAUUUUUUCCUUAUUGACUGCCGGAGUGGGGUAGUUAGAUACUAUUAGCUACAUAGAUUUGACUGAGAGAAUAUUGAGGACAGACGACUUAAUUGCCUCGUUUGGAGUGAUGUGAUAUAGUUAUCAAAGUGCCACUGUCCCCCAUUCGCACCUCAUGGGUUCCUUUUAUUUUCCCACCUCCACUCCUUGGUCCCUACUAAUUAAGAGAUAUACGUAAG